CACAUCAAACGAUCACGAAACGUCAAAUUUUUGUUUUUUGAGGUUAUAAAAUUAUGUUAGUUUUAUGGUUAGACAGUUUUAAUUUAUUUAAUAAUGCAGCCAACCAUUGCUCACGAUUUAGAUGCAAAAGAGCGCACAAAAGACGUAAUUCUCGACGAAAACAUCAGUUUUGCGUCAUUACUACUCCCCGACGACAUAAAACAGGGGCUCUCGGUUAGUGGUUUCAAAAAACCGUCUCCAAUUCAGUUCAAAGCCAUUCCCCUAGGACGAUGCGGUUUUGAUUUAAUUGUGAAGUCCAAGUCCGGGACCGGCAAAACUUUAGUGUUCUCAACAAUUGCUCUUGAGACUGUUAAUACGGCCAAAGACCAUUUACAAGUCUUAAUUUUGGUCCCGACGCGGGAAAUAGCUGUGCAAAUUGAAGACGUUCUGCGCAGCGUGGGCUGUCACGUAAAUGGCCUCAAAAUCGAGAGUUUCAUCGGUGGGAGGCCCCUCGAAGACGACUUGAAGAAAUCGUCCAAGUGUCACAUCGCAGUGGGGGCCCCCGGCCGAGUCAAACACUUGCUAAAAAUGGGGGCCCUCACUACAAACCUCGUCAAACUAUUCGUCCUCGACGAAGCCGAUAAAUUAAUGGAGGAGAGUUUCCAGUCUGAUAUUAACGAAAUUUACAACAGUCUGCCCCCUCGCAAACAAAUGAUAGUAUCGAGCGCCACCUACCCACAAGAACUUGACACUUUCCUAGCCAAUUACAUGCAAUCCCCGACUCACGUGACGUCCGAAAACGAGACCCCACUCCUACUCGGCCUUAAACAAUUCGCAGCCAUGCUAAGGCCCGGCCUUAACUCAGUCCAACAAAUGAAAAUAAAAAACGAUCUUUUGAUAACAAUCCUAACGAAAGUUUCGUUCGUCCAAUGUUUGGUUUUUACGAAUUACCAAUCACGGACCGAGACAGUUUCGAAUUAUUUGAACCAGAAGGGCUGGGAUUCGGUUUUUAUUUCAGCGGCGCAGAAACAAACCGAGCGGUUGGAGGCGAUUGACAAUUUGAAAAAAUUUAAAAAUCGCAUUUUACUUUCAACUGAUUUGACUUCACGGGGUAUUGACGCCCCCAAUGUCGAUCUUGUGAUAAAUUACGACUUGCCUUGCGACGCUGUUACGUACUUGCACCGCAUGGGGCGCGCUGGUCGCUACGGUUCGGGGGGACUUUGCAUUAAUUUCGUGUCAGAGGGGCCCGAAGUGACCAAAUUGCAGCACAUUCUGGGGGCCAUCGGGGGGAAUUUAUCCAUUGCCAAGCUGCCCCCAUUGGAGGGGGUGGAUUUGUGGCAAGUCGAUUUGAAAACACUGGAACAAAUAAGGGGGGUCGUGCCGUCUGACACUUCAAAUGACGUUAGCGAAAAUUUGAAAAGUGAGGUUAUGGAGCUAAAGGAGCGCAAGGAUGGGAAGAAACGUAAAAGGGUUAACCCGGAAGCUAGUCCCGAUUUGCAAAAGGAGAAACGCAAAAAUGAUUUCUCACAGGACACUUUUUGUAAAAAUCGGGGGCUUCUUAACUUGACUAAGGUUUUACUAGAUCCGGGGAUUAACAUAGAUGGGGACAUUACCGACUCGGUCGAUAAUUACCUUAAAAUUUUGAAAGUCGAUGACUUGGAGGAGGAAGUCCCGGUUGUUACUCCCCAAGUGGAGGAUUUUAUGGAGGGAAUUUUCACGGCGGCGUAUGACUGUGCUAUUGAUAGUGGGGGGAGGAGGACUUGGACGGAAUAUUUGCCUUUGGAGGAGCUCGAAAAAUUCCAAAACCGUGGUAAAGAACUUGAUGUUGAGAUAACAAAUGAUCUGGAGGAGGAGGAGGAGGAAGAGGUGGAAGAAGAGGAGGAAAAAUGCGAAGAAGAGGAAGAUUUCGAAAUGGAGGAAGCAGUGCAUAGGAAUGACGUAUCUCUCGAAUGGGCUCCAGUGGUUCAGGAAGGUUCUGGCAAACGUUUUGAUCAAUUUUUCGAGGACUGUAGUAACGUUUUGUGGCAAAAUGGUUUGACUUUUGAAACGGUUGAAAGUUUCGACGAUUGGUUCUACCACUGGCAGGAGUCUCUCCAAUCUGUCCGAAACUACGUCCAGCAGAACAUUUACAUCGAAGAAAUGAGUAAAUAUCAAGAAAGCAGGAGACGAAGUAAUAAAUAACGGAUGUUUCCCUGUCCCGCCUUGAGCAGUUCCUGUCAUAAUAAAUAAUACAAAACCUGUUAA